AUGGACGCCAAGUGGACGUGGGGCGCCCGCGUGGGGCUCCUCUGGCUCGCGGUGGUCGCUUGCUGGGGUCACGACACGGAGGCGGAUAAGGCUCAGUUCGAGGCAGCUUUUCAAGGACGAUGUGAUGAAAAUACGCCAUGCGAACAGCUGUGCUACGAACUUCAUGAUGGAAUGUACGAAUGCGAUUGUCGGGAAGGUUAUAUACUCAGAGAAGAUGGCUACAGUUGUUACGAAAUCAAUUCAACAGCAUCACCUCCGUCCUUGGAAGACUUGAACUUACACGGCAUAAAAGAUAUCCUGUACCAAAAAGACGCAGUAAUGGACGUCUUAGAGUUCACCAUAUCCAACAGUACGGAUAGUACAGACACUAACGAAAUUCCUCAACACCCAGUCAACUUGACUAUGCCCUUAUCGAAUAAGCUGGUCUAUACCACCCAAUCUCCGAGAUUAGACCAGAAACUGACAUCGGACGGUUCGGUGGUGUGGAAUGUGACCAAAUCUCUUUCGACGAUGAAGCCAUGUCAGCUGGACUGCGGUCCAGGUGGAGGGUGCAGUCUGGACAAUGUCGAAGAAACGCCUAUGUGUCUUUGUCCGUUGGGUAGAGGUGGAGACAAGUGUGAUAUUGAUAAAGAAAUUCAGUCACCGAGAUUUACCGGUUCCAGCUGGCUGGCUUUCCCUACAUUGAGGGGUGCAUACAAACAUGUUCAACUGAGUCUUGAGUUACGCCCCGAGGCAUAUGAUGGUAUUUUCUUUCUGACUGGAGAGAGAGACGAUAUGGCUGGAGAUUUUAUGGCUUUGCUCCUACAUCAGGGUUUCGUGGAGUUUAGGUUUGACUGUGGUUCUGGCAUCGGAGUAGUCCGCUCCGAAGAAACAGUCCUCCUGAACCAGUGGAACCACAUCACCCUGUACAGACACAGGUGGGACGCUUGGCUUCAACUCAACAACGGCAGACACGUGCAAGGGCGAAGCAAGGGCCUCUUCUCCAGGAUCACCUUCAGGGAGCCCCUGUUUGUCGGCGGUCCGGGAAACACCACGGGGCUAUCGGACAAACUGCCGGUCGCCCAAGGGCUGAAAGGGUGCAUCAGACACUUGGAGGUGAACGAUCACGCCUACAAGUUUGCUUUGGAGCCUGCCGGAGAGGCUACGAAAGGAUAUGGAAUCGAGGAGUGCACUGCUGACAGAUGCAGUAGGGUGCCAUGCCAACAUGGAGGAAAAUGUCUCACCAGCGAUAACUCCGCAGUUUGCCUCUGUCCAUUGGGGUUUUCAGGAGACUUGUGUGAAAUACGCGUGGACUUACAGGUGCCUUCUUUCAAUGGAUCCAGCCACCUUCGCUACCGCGGGCUCGCUGAUACCGCCUUGACUUGGCUAGACUUUGACGUGACCUUCAAACCGACAGCACCAGAUGGCCUCAUCAUCUACAACGGUCACCGAAUAGACGGCACCAACGACUUCAUGGCGUUAUACAUGGACGACGGAUUCGUAGAAUUCGGUUACGAUCUGGGUACUGGGUCUGUAACGGCCAGGAGCCAGUACAGGCUUCCUUUGAGCGAGUGGCAUCAGGUGAGAGUAUCCCGCACGGGCAGGCUGGCCAUCUUAUCGGUGGACAACCAACUUCCAGUGGACGUAUUGUCCCCGGGGGCCUUCACGCAGCUAUCGCUGCCCCAGAACCUCUAUUUGGGCGGAGUGCCCCACUUCGGCAUCGUAUCCCCCCGCGUGAAGGUGCGCUCGGCCUUCGUCGGGUGCAUACAAAAAGUGGAGAUCAACAGGAGGCCGCUGGCUAUUUUGGCGGAGGCGCUGGGCGGAGCGAACGUGGACAACUGUCCGCACCCUUGCAUCGCGAGGCCCUGCGGGGUAGACGGGGACUGCGUACCGGAAAUGGACUACUUCACCUGCAGAUGCAAGCCAGGCUACAGAGACCACCUCUGUUCGAGCGGUCCGCCGCUCUUCCGCGGCACCAACAGCUACAUCCACCUGAACGACGUUUCGACGCUGCAGGCGAUAUCAUCAGACCCGCUGGUGGUCAACGUCCGCUUCAAACUAUCCUCGUCCGCUGGUCUGCUGGUCAGCGUUCUGGUGGGCGAUGUCUUCGUCUGCCUCGGCCUGGAGCACGGAGCCCUGGUGCUCCGAUUCAGCGUCAAAGGACGAGGGGAGGAGAUACGAGUGGUCAACAAUAUAACUACAGUGCACGACGGACUGUGGCAUAGGGUGAAAGCCGUCAGAGAUGGUACAUCCGGCCUUCUGAUAGUAGACAACGGUCCCGCCAUAACGAGACAAUCAGUGGAGAUAGUCGAGAGACCGGUGACGCAUCGAGAAGACGAGGGCCUAUACAUAGGCGGCAUGUCCGAGGCGCCUCUGCUGGCCCUCACGAAGUACAGCCAAGGCAUCCGAGGCUGCGUCGCCGACCUAGUAGUCAGCACCGACUAUCACCUGCAACUAGUCAAUCACUCGGAAAUAGGGCACAACAUAGGGCAGUGCGAGGCAUGA